AUGCGCAGUGCCAUUGACGAGGGCGCAGAGAUGGAUCCCUUGAUGGAGGAGCAACACACCCAGGGCAGCAGGCGGCCGGGUUGGGUCUUGCCCUCCCUGGGCCUCGCGGCUUGUGGCGCGGUGCUCGCCUACAACCGCAGCGGGGGAAGCCCCGGGACCAGUCUUCGCGCCAGCAUUUCUUUGGCAGAAGAUUGGAGCGAGCACACCGGCAUGAACUGCUACGAGAGCCACGGUGGAGUCAAGGAUCCUCAGGGCUGGAGCGUAGGCGCCAUGACCGUGGAGGAGUGCAAAGCGCAGUGCCAGGCGAGCAGCUCCUGUAGCGCAGUGGUCGUGUCCUCCCUGCACUUGCUGGACAAGGGGCCUUGCUGGCGCCUGAAGUCAAUCGACUCAGCGGCAUGCUUGACUGGGCAGCCCUACAACACGCUGCUGCUUGCCAGUGCGCCUGCCCCACAGGCGCCGCAAGAUUCUGCACCUCCAGCACCUCCAGCACCGGCACCGGCGCAGCCCGUGCCAGCGCCGCAGCCAGCGCCAGCGCCGCAGCCCGCGCCGGAAAAAGUCGCACCGGCUCCGGGGCCGUUUGUCCCAGAGUCGCCGCAGGAGAAGGUGUACCCAGCCUCGCCGGCGCCGCCUGCCACGCCAGAUGACCCGAAUUGGGGCUGCGGGCUUCUUGGGCCUCUGCCUGGCAUUUCGGAGGGAGGACACAAAACCACGGCGCCUAUUCAGCGGAUGAUCAACGAACUGAAGAAGACCAGCUCGCUUGGCAAAGUGAGCUACUGGAACUGGAACCUGGCGCCGAUGACCGACGCUGCUGAGGUGAGUGGCAAAAAGACCGUUUUCAAGGAGGAGCUGACUCCGGAUUUCAUCUUUAUGCCAGAGCAGUGGGGUGCCAACGUCGUCGUCGACAAGUAUGUCCGCGAAGCAGGUGCAACCAACUUCCUGGACAGCAACGGUCAGCCCUGCCCGGCAGAGAUGGCCAACAUUCUUCUGGGCACCAAUGAGCCCGACAUCAAGGGCAGCUGCAUGGGCAAUAUGUUCGGCAAGUGCGGGGAGCCCUGCGACGAUGCCUCGGUGGCAUCCGGCGAUUGUCCUGCUGCCAAACUCUUCCCAACGGAUCCACCUGCUCUGCCCAAUUCCAAGGGGCAGUGCAACUGCUGGCAGUUCUCUCACGCCACAGGCGCCGGCUUUUGGCCUUUGGAGGGGUGCAGCGCGCACCAACCCCUGCCAGAGAUGUGGAAGGACCCGGGGUGCGUGGGCACCGUCAUGAAGAACUGGAAGGAGACGGCGGCCAUCGCCACCGCCAAGGGCUACAAGUUCUUGUCCACGCCCUUGGUGGCAGAGAAUCUCGACUUUGCAAAGCAGUUCAUCGAGCAUGCCUGUGGCUGCUCUGGUGGCUCCUGUAGCUGCCAGGAUGCUUCCUGCGGCUGCCCGGUCUACGUGGGCUUCCACUUUUACGCCUACGACUGCCAGCCUGAUGCCGCGGGGGGCUACGAGACACUGCAGAAGCGCUUGGAUGCCGUCAAGGCCAUCAUGGAGCAGUAUCCCUUCGUGAAGGGUGCCAUCAUCAACGAGGUGGGCAUGCUGAAUUGCGCCUCCGAAGACCUCAACCCGAUCUGCGUGCCGGACAGCGGCAAGUACCCCGCAUCAAAGACCAAGGAUCACAGCUGCCCUGUGACUGACGAGCUUCCCAAUGGUAUGGCCACCUUCAUCGAGAAGAUCUUCGAUCACAUCAUCGCGGCCAGGACCAAAGACGGGCGCGAGGUGGUGAAAGCCUUCUCCUGGUUCAACCAGGACCGCGCCGGAGGCACGUACAACCUCCGCCUGUUCGACGAUGAUGGAUCCAUCAACCAGGCUGGGGAAGCCUACAUGGCUUCCUGCCAACGCUGGCGCCGCUAG